GUUACUUCCGGGGUAUUAUUUUUUUUUUUUCAAAGAAAAAUUAACUAAAUUAAUAUCUUUAGCAAAAGGAAAAAUGGAACAACGUUCAAUUGCGUACUUUUCUUCCAUUAACCCGCUCGCGAGAAAGAUAAUAAAAGAUGAAGGAAAUUUGAAAAGCGCUUUAAAGGGACGUUGGGAUGAAUUAAACUGGCAAGAACAAGAGGCAUUGAUUGAUGAUUUUCUGGUUGACAACUCUAUUAGACAGCGAUAUGCUGACACAGAAAAAGUUCAUUCAUAUCCCAAGUCUUUCCCUAAGCUCAAAGUUGAAACUGGAGAGAAGAUUGUUGUUGACUUUGAAAAUGAUUGCUGGACAUGGCAAGAUGAGCAUUCAUCUCCUUUUAAUUGGCGGACAAAGAGUCAGCAAGAUCUUACACUAGAUGACCUAGAAGCAGAUGCACUGUGUAGUAAACCAGCAUCUAAAGGAAAGAAAGUUGAGACAAGCAUUAACCAGCCAUCUGAAUCUAUAGAAGAAAGAACAGAUGAAAACAGGGAGUUUUCAGUACAAACAGGCACAAGUAUAUGGGAGUCACCUUUCCUACAAGGAAUGAAGAAACCAGACUUCUUAAACAGAUCAAGAAGCACAAGUCCUACAAAGUCAGCAACAUCAAGAGAAUCAUUGAUGACAAGUAGAUCUAAGACACCAGAGGAAGUUAACUAUGCUUUUACUGGAAGUGUUGAUGAUUUAUCCAGCUCUCCAAGUAUUGUAGGAGACAGAUGUUCCUCUGUCUCCAGCGGGGAGAUACUAGCAACAUCACCCUCACAUGAAUCUGUAAAUCCUGUCAAACCAUCAAGAAGGAAGAGAUCAGUAAGUAAAUCACCUUCCAAAAGCCUCCUGUCAUCAUCUAAAAAAUCAGAUUCUGAAACUGGAUCACAGUCUCUUGUUCAGUACAAAGAUGAUGAUGAAAUGGCUUUUGACAAUCCAGUUAUAGGAACAAAUUGGUCAUCAUUCGUAAAUGGUCAAGAGGAGGAGGAGUUAAGUAGUGCCACACCAUCUCCAUACAAGAGUUUGAUUAAAGAACCAGACCCAAUUGCAAUGGAUAGAGGUGAAAAUGUAGAGCAGUCCAAUUUAUUAUCUGGUUCUCAGAAUGAGUUCCAGGACGAGUACCUAUAUGUUGAAAAAUCUAUUGAUGAAGAUCAGUUUACAGGUCAAAUUGAUGAAUUGGAUGCAUCAAAUCUGUCCAAAACCGGUUUCGACUUUCUUGAUAACUGGUGAGAGCAGAGAAAAUUAAUAUUUUAUGUUAGUUGGAGGCCAGUAAAUGGGUGAAGGAAUCUCAUCUAUUAAAGGAAAUAUUUAAGAAAGAUUUUAAUGAAGUAAGCACCUGUAUAGUGUGGUUUUAUAUAUCUUUGUAAUACACUGUUUUUUGUGGAAAUUUGAUAUAUUUAUGAUUUAAAAACUGGUGGCAAUAAAAUAUAUUUAAUAUUAUAGCAAUAUAUUCUGGGUAUUUACUAGUACCCUUUCAGUAUAUAGCAAACAUGUUUUGAAUGUACAUUAAUGUGCAAUAUAUGUUAGUAUAAAUAUUAUAUGAUACAGCAGAAUUUAUCAAUUUUAUAGUAGUGAGAAAGUAUUAUUACAUCGGUAUAUUUAACUAUUUAUCUGUAAAAUGAAAUGCAUAUUUGGCUCUCUUAAUUUAUCUAAGCAUUUGUGCAGCACUAUUGUGGAUGUAUUUUAUCAUUUUAUCAGAAUUUUUAUAGUUGAGCCUUGUUGAAGAUUAAGUUUAUAGAUUCAAUUAAAACCAACCUGUAUUGAACAAUAAGCGUGAAGCUCUAUGCUAAAGGAAACAAUGGCUUGCCCUUGACAGGAUUUGCACCCACGAUGCCAGCAGUCCUUAUGUUACUAGUCUGAAAUAUUAACUUCUAAGUCAUGCCACCUUUUUAUAAGAUUCAAAGAUUAAAGGAUUUUCCAUUAUUUCUGUUAUCAGUAUGUAACGAUUUUAGUGUUAAUGUAAAUUUGUAAUUAGUUUGAAUUUUCAUUCAAUCUUUGCUUUUCACGUGCUUAACUUAAUAGGAAACACAUAAGGUGGUCAUAAAUUAAACUUUUAUCAUCUUUAUAAAAACAAAAUAUAAGUUAAAAUAUGUGAAAAAAAUUCCUGAUGUGUAAUAAUUAGUUUUUUUUUGCAGGUCUACCAAUAAGGGAAAAAAUACUAUAUCUGUUUUUAAUUAUAUUUAAUGAUGAUUUCAUUGUUUUCAUAGAAUGAAAUUGCAUGUACAUCUAUUUGGUUGUCUUUUUUACAAAUUUAAAGUGUUUUAGAUUAUUUAUGGAUAUAAAUAUAUGUUUGCUUGUGAUUAUUUUACAUUUUUCUAUAUUUUUUGUAUAAAUAUAUAAACAAAAUAAAGCCUAAUUAUUCAUGUGGAACUGCUUUUUUCCAUAGCAUCUGCAUUUUCGUGAUAUGUUUGAGUCUCACUCGUUUAUUGAUUCAUUUAUACCUCUCUCUGAAAGAGAAUUAAAACAGAACAGUUGCUGUUGUACAGCAAUAUAUAGACAGAAUGACAUUGAAAUAAUUUUCUGUUAAAUCAAAAAAUUAAUUGCUAGUUAAUCAUUUACUUAUAAACGAAAUCUCUAGAUAUGUAAUGUAAAGGUAUAAUUUCUGAUGACAAAAAUAAUAAUUCAUCAAGUGAUCCAGUUUUUCUCGUCCUAAUUGUUUUGACUUAGAAUAGGGUUCUUCAAAUAGAAUUUGAAAGACUUUGCUUAGAAAUACAAGAAGCUAAGUAGUUAUCAUUUGGACAGUCUAUUUCUUGGAUUUUCAAAAGACAAAUCAACUAAGAAGUCAUUUCUAUCUGAUUGCUCUAAUAAAAAAUUAAAGUCAUUGUUUAUUGACAUAGUGUCAUGAAUCUGACAUAAAGAAAUUAUUUCAUGAUAAUACUUUGGAGUCUGUUAUAUUGACAUAGUGUUUCAGGACAUAAAGAAAUUACUUCAUGCAUUGUCUGUUAUACUAGCUAUGUUUUACCAUAGAAAUAAUACAUGUAUAAUUUUGUAUAUAGGUUAGAUUACAAUUAUCUUCAUAUUAUGUAUGAAAUGUUGUGAAAUAUAAUAAAAACGUAAUGUUGUGGGGAGAUAGUAUUGCCAAUAUGUGUUUAAAAUGUUUGAAUAUCAGAAUAACCAGUGUCUAUAUGGUGAAUUGUAUGUGUUCAAAACAGUAUUUUCAUUUAUAUUAUUUUUGUAACAGUUAUAUAUACAUUUGUACCUCAAGCAUGUUCAAUUUUAUUACAAAAAUACAUUUCUUUGUAGAAAAUGAUCAGACUAUAAUAGUGCAAGAUUUUUUUAUAUUUUACACAAUUUUAGUUUUUUGGCAACUGCUGUAUUUAUAUGUUGAACAUCACCAUUGUUUACAUUACUGAUCUGUGAAGAAUUUAUAUAUUAAAGAUAAAUCUUUCUUUUUCAAUGAAAUAAAACAUAACUAAAUAUAA